AUGUCAGACCCAACUCCGGUGCCCGAUGCGCACGAAGAUUUCUUCCGCCGCCAGGCCUGGCCUGAGGCAUGGGAUGAAUCCGCGUUCUCGCCAGACCAACAGAGGGGGAAAGUUUUCCGUCGACGUUGGGGUACGGGCACUGGCACGGAUUAUUUUCUCAGUUCAUGCAUGCGCCGCGGCCCAUCUUGGCCGUGGGGAUACUUCAUCUACCGGACAACAUACGGGUCGGACGAGGAUUGGAGCCAGGCUCUUGCCAAACUUCAUCGCUAUGUUCACUACGCCAUACGACACCAGGCCGUGCGAUCUCGGCUUAAUGGUCCUGAGAAACUGGAGAAUGAUCUCGAAGCAGCUGAGGUUAUCUGGGAAGGAUGCCAAAAUGUUAUCGUUGAGGAUAGAGAGUUGUUAGAGGGGGCUUCACCUACCCAAGUUCGGCGACUAUUUCAAGAAUGGAUGAUACGGAAUCCGAAAUACAAAAAGUUUAGCAGACCACGGUCGACCUACUGUUUGAUGAUCGAUGAGCAUGCCAUGCGGUCUAUUCUGGCGAGCUCGGAGCCUUGUGCGGACCAUAGGGAGUAUAUGGGUGCCCAGCCCGGAUACGUCAUCUUGAUCGAUCGCCGACAUCCUACUGAGGGAGGGAUCAAGCACGAACCUUAUAAUGUGGGAUGGAUGAGGAUCACGAUGGUAUCAAUUUAUACGGCUUGGGGGUUUACGACUGGGCGCGACGACUUGGAGUUUGAGGACGUUUAUCCCGCUAUCGGGAGGAGGGGCUUGAUCCCAUAUUAUGAUGGUUUUCGGAGUUGGGUGGAGGACGUGAAUGGGCAGAGGGUGGAAGAUUUCUUUCAUUCAGAAAGUGAAGAGGAGGAGAUGGUGGAGGAGGAUGUGAAUGGGAAGAAGGUGGAAAGUUUUUCUCGUUCAGAGAAUGAAGGUGAGAAUGAUGUGGAUGAGCAGGAUGUGAAGACUGCUUCUCAUUCAGAGAAUGGAGAAGAGGAGGACGAGAUUGAGGACGAUGAGGAGGACGAUUAUCCCGAAGGCGGUUAUCCUUUCCAUGAUAUUUAUGAAUAUCUAAGAGAAAAGGGGCAUAUUUAA